GGUGGUCGACGGCCUCGUGAGCAGGGCGGCCCCCGAUGGGCCUGUGGAGCGCUUCCUGCUGUACGCGAUGAUCGCGUUUGCGGGCGCCUGUUGCGCGCCCGUGCUCAUCCACGUGCAGCAGAAGCUGCAGGAUAUGCCGCACCGGCAGGGCCCCGUGCGCCCAAUGGCGGCGUCGCUCUCGCUGGUGUGCGGCUUCGUGGUGGCCGUGCUGCUGUGCGCGGGGCUGUGGGGCAUGGUCGACAGCAUCGUCGACACCCUCGCCGUGAACGACGCCAACCAAGAGAUUGCCUGGUACACCCUCCUCGCAGUGCUCGCCGCGGUGGGCAUCGCGGUGCACCACGCGUACUGGCCCAAUCAGGUGCUGGACAGUGUCGGCCAGCUCACCCUCGUCUGAGCCGGCCCGCGAGGCCCGCGCGUGGGCGCAGCGGGCGCCGCGGGGGGGGGCCCGGGGCGGAGGGUCUGCUUCCACGCGCCUGAGGACAGAAGGGGUGCGCCCGCCUCCCUCCAUCCUCCCUCGUC